UGGCAUUCCGUACAGUAGCAAGCUUCCUGUGUUGUGUAAACAUGCGGAUUGUUCGCGUUUAGUUGGUUGUGCUGCGGGUACUUGGUCCAUAGCCCAUUUGUUAAGCCAGUAGAAAACAGCACUGUAAUUCUAACAAAUAUGGAAUUCGAUAAUAAACCCAAAAAGAGAGCCCAUGAGGAGGAUGAAAAGUCUGGCUCAGAAGGAUCAGAGGAUGAUGACUACGUCCCAUAUGUUCCAGUCAAAAUAAGAAAGCAACAAAUGCUACAGAAAAUGUUACGUUUGAGAGGAAAGGCAGUUGAUGAGGAACAGAAGGACAGUGGGGAAGAGCAAAGGGAUGAGGAUGAGGGUCUCGGUCCACGAUCCAACGUCAGUCUGCUCGACCAGCAUCAGCACCUCAAGGAGAAAGCAGAAGCUCGUAAGGAGUCAGCCAAAGAGAAACAGCUGAAAGAGGAAGAGAAAAUUCUUGAGAGCGUUGCAGAGGGCAGAGCUCUGAUGUCUGUAAAGGAAAUGGCCAAAGGUAUAAUAUAUGAUGACCCGAUAAAAACAAGCUGGAAGGCACCACGUUACAUCCUGAAUAUGCCUGACACCCGACAUGAGCGUGUCAGGAAGAAGUUUCACAUCCUAGUCGAUGGAGACGGCAUCCCUCCUCCAAUCAAAAGCUUCAGGGAGAUGAAGUUUCCACCAGCAAUUUUGAAAGGUUUGAAAAAGAAGGGCAUAGUGCAUCCUACACCUAUUCAGAUUCAAGGAAUCCCCACAGUUCUUUCAGGUCGUGACAUGAUUGGCAUAGCCUUCACCGGUUCUGGAAAAACGUUGGUCUUCACACUGCCCAUCAUCAUGUUUGCUCUGGAGCAGGAGAAAAGACUGCCUUUCUUUAAGAGAGAGGGACCAUACGGCCUCAUCAUCUGUCCUUCACGAGAGUUGGCGCGGCAGACUCAUGGCAUCAUUGAGUACUACUGCAAGCUGCUGGAGGAGGAGGGAGCUCCUCAGCUAAGAUCUGCCCUCUGCAUUGGAGGAAUGUCAGUCAAGGAGCAGAUGGAGGUAGUAAAACAUGGUGUCCACAUGAUGGUUGCAACCCCCGGCAGACUGAUGGACUUGCUUCAAAAGAAGAUGGUAAGCCUAGACAUCUGCCGCUACCUGGCUCUGGAUGAGGCUGACAGAAUGAUUGACAUGGGCUUUGAGGAGGACAUCAGGACUAUCUUCUCCUACUUUAAGGGACAAAGGCAAACUCUGCUUUUUAGUGCCACUAUGCCCAAGAAGAUCCAAAAUUUCGCAAAGAGUGCUCUGGUCAAACCCAUCACCAUCAACGUGGGCAGAGCCGGUGCUGCCAGUUUGGAUGUCAUCCAGGAAGUGGAAUAUGUCAAAGAGGAAGCAAAGAUGGUGUACCUGCUUGAGUGUCUGCAGAAAACGCCUCCUCCUGUGUUGAUAUUUGCUGAGAAGAAGGCAGAUGUAGAUGCUAUCCAUGAGUAUCUGCUGUUAAAAGGAGUGGAGGCGGUGGCCAUCCAUGGAGGAAAAGAUCAGGAAGAAAGAACAAAAGCCAUAGAGGCUUUUAAAGAAGGGAAGAAAGAUGUUUUAGUUGCCACAGACGUUGCCUCCAAAGGUCUGGAUUUCCCAGCUAUACAGCAUGUAGUGAAUUAUGACAUGCCUGAGGAGAUUGAAAACUAUGUCCAUAGAAUUGGAAGAACUGGACGAUCAGGGAAGACUGGUAUUGCCACUACAUUCAUCAAUAAAGGCUGUGACGAGUCAGUGCUGAUGGACCUUAAAGCCUUGCUAGUUGAAGCCAAGCAGAAGGUCCCACCGGUCCUUCAAGUGCUCCAGACAGGAGAUGAGACCAUGUUGGACAUCGGAGGAGAGCGAGGCUGUACGUUCUGCGGUGGUCUGGGUCAUCGUAUCACAGACUGUCCAAAGUUGGAGGCCAUGCAGACCAAACAGGUCACCAACAUCGGACGGAAAGACUACCUGGCUCAUAGCUCAAUGGACUUCUAAAAGACUUCAAUUAAAGGGAAGAUUACCCUGCAUGAAAACGAACUGAUAAAAAUUUCUGAGGAAAUUGUACAGUUUUUUGUGGUAUCAUUCAUCUAAGAACGUACAUUUUUUCAUUGCCUGAUGUAGUGAUCAGGCUUUUUUUUUUUUUGUAACCUUUUCCCCAAAGCCGUCAUACUUGUUCUGUGUUAAGCCUUGUAAGAAACCCUUUUGAUACUAAAAUUGUAAAUAAAACUGCUUCAUCAAUUGUGA